AAAUGGGAUUGUGUACAAAACAAAGCAAUCGUCCUCGCAAAAACGUCCACUUUCUGGGAAAAGGGAAAGUAAAUUUUCGCUGCAUUACACCCGAGGAUUGAUUUAAAGAGCGCUUCGCCCGUAAUGGAGAUGGAUGAUACGAACGAGUCGAAACGCAAAAUACCUGCCUACUACUACUUGCAGCCAUCGAAGAAUGGUGACGAAGAAGCGGAGGAGGAACUGUACGAUUCCAACGGGACACACAUCACCUCCGAUUACCUGAACGAUGUCGUGGCCGAAACCAUGUCGGACCGGUACACGGUGGUGCAGGACUCCCCCUCCGACAAAGGCCCACACUACAAGUGUAACGAGUGUGAAAAGCUGCUGCCCAACACGGGCCACCUGAUAGCGCACAUGGUGGUGCACACCGGGGAAAAUCCGUACGUGUGCAGCCUCUGCCAGCGUUCGUUCGCCAACUCGACACGGCUCAAGCUGCACCUGAAGGUGCACUGCAUCAAAAAGCUUCACCCCGGGUUGACGGUAACGCGCAUAACGAAAACCGUUCCAGCGACCCCCUCCAUACCGAGCACGAACAUGGAGGUGGAUGUGGACCAAACGUCACCCACGGUAAAGGUGGCCACCUUCCGCUGCAUCGAGUGCGAAGAGAUACUCCCGAAGGACACGCUUUACCGGCAUAUGAAGCAGCACCUGCACGAUAAGAACAUUUUCGCCCAAAAGCCGCACCAAUGCAGCCGGUGUGGGGAUGCGUUUGCGAAGGUUUCGACACUGGAGAGCCACCAGGAAAGCUGCCAAGCGUCCCCAAUAAAGGUGUCCUCGGAGGUGGAUCUGGUGCCAAUCAACAAGCAGGAGCCUUGUUCGAGUUUAAAGAAGCAGAUCGAAGCGAAUCCCAUCCUAUCCGGGUUGCUGUUACGCGAGCAAAAGGAACCACCCAUCUCCGUUACGACGAUCGAGCUGGAACAGGCAGAGGAGAAACCACGCAUCAAAGUAGAAGAAGAUUCCUCCAAGACUGAUGAGCUACACAAUCUGCUUAAAACGGAGCUAGAUCAGCUGGAGGAGUUCAACUCCGAGCCGGAACAGCAAAUGGAAGAGUUUCUCCCUGCGACCACCAGCACCGCAGAGCAGCCGGUCAGUGCCAUAACGAACAGCAGUAGCAGUGGAAUCGGCUUCGUCAUCAGCUCGGUCGCAACUGUGGACCAAAAGUUCCUCGAAGAUCUCGCCCAAAUGGAACUGCAGGCCCGCUCACCCGAGCUGGAGGAGAUUGGGCCGGCCGACGAGCUACCGGAAAUGUCCGCCACACCCGCGACAGGGCUCGGUAGCUUUGGCAAUCCGCUCACCUCAACGACGUGCACGCUGUGCGGCAAAAGCUUCAGCGAACCGUUUGGUCUCCGCCAGCAUAUGCGCAUAAUGCACGCCGACACGAAACCGUUCAAAUGUCCGGAGUGUCGCAAACGGUUCGCCAAAGAGCAGGCCAUGCUGAUACAUCUGCGCGUGCACAUCAGCAAUCGUCCGUUCAUGUGCAUCGUGUGCUACAAAACGUUCACCCGGGCCACGGCACUGAACGGCCACCUGUCGUCGCAUUCGCACGAUUCGCUCAAAUGCUUCGCCUGCCUGGAGAUGCUGCCGAACGUGCAGAAGUACGCGCAGCACAUCGAGCUGAAUCAUCCCGAGUUUCCGGAGGUGCUGUACCGCAUACGGGCGGAAAAGCCGGAACACGAGCGAACGAAGCUGCUGAGGAGGCUGCUGCUUCAGCACCAAGCAGCUCCAUCGGCCAUCGGCCGUGAAGCGACAUCACAUACCAACCAGUAGUGGGGAGGCUCACCACGUUUUUUCUGUAAUAAAUAUCUUAUUGGAAGCGCAAAAGACUCUUUUAAGGGA